UUUGAUCAGUCGUGUUGGCCGAAGAGAAUUUGAAUUUCUCAAGUUCAGUAACACAGGUAGAGGUGGAUGAUAAAUAUUGAUAUAGGAGAGAUUUUUGUGGAAUUGUCACUUCUCUCCUUCUACUCUCUCAUGAAUACUCUAUCCUGCGUUGCAUUCUACAGUUACGAUUGUUAGUUCAAAUCAAUUCUUCGCAGAGGUACUAGGACUAGGAGUAAGUCUUCUCAAUGAUCACUGAGUAUCUUGAUGAAGAUGGCGUCCGUCGGGUGGUAACACGAAAGGUUCUUGUUCCAGAUUGGCAUAAAAAACCUUGCUACGUGUGCAGAUCUUGAUGCUGCGGGAUUUUAGGCGGUCUCUGUUCCGACACGCACGACUCCGAGAUAAGAAGUGCUCGCUAUUACGUCAGAACCAGUUUCAGUGAAGAGCAAGAUGCGCUUACAGUAGUACAUCGUCUUUAUCUUCAUCAUCUGCCGGUUGCUUCAAGAACAUCAUCUCCGGCAUUUUCUGCGAGGCCAUUGGCCAUCGUCAUAAGAGACGACUGGUGGAGUUCGUGAUAGCAGUAAAUAACCAUGAUAAAAGUUUUCGGUGUCGGCCGCGGUGCGAAGAAGAAGGACGACGGAGGCACGGGGGAGGCAGCGUCAUCAGACGCGACAGCGGAUGGGAAAAAGCAGCCAGGGGAAAUCAGAAUACAAAAAGAAUUAGAUGAACUCGAUGUACCUCCACAAUGCAAGCUGCAGUUCCCAGACAAGAACAAUAUCAUGUCCUUCGUUCUCGAUUUACGACCUGACGAAGGUUUUUGGCGUUCCGCAACUUAUCGCUUCACUUUCACCAUAUCACCCCUUUACCCCCACGAGGCACCCAAGUUAAGACUGGUUUUUCACUAUCCCAUGUGGACUACGCUGAGUUGAGCCCUCCUUGUUUUAAAGGGGAAAUGCGGGAAAAAAAGGGAAACACACUGAAGCUGGAAUAGUGAAAAACUGGCGCUAACCAAGGUAAAAUGCGACACGAAAAUAUACCAUCCGAAUAUCGACCUUCAGGGAAACGUCUGUCUGAACAUUCUCCGCGAAGAGUGGAAGCCAGUGCUGUCGAUUUCGUCAGUGAUCUACUUAAGGCCUCGUCACCACAUUCAUAAUAUAAGAACUUUCUUAGAGGUACGGCAGUAGCAGCUGCGGGAAAGUCGGUGUCAUGUGGAGGCAAUCUGAUUGGUUGCUUGAUAAUGCGAAGCAUCUUUUUCUUUGACUUUGUCGUCGACGUGCUUUUGACUUCGAGGUGGAACAAAAAGGUCAAGUACUCAAGCACGUCUGACGAUGAACCAACAUGAGUAAUAAAAAGCGUCUAACCUGCGGCAUAUUACACCUCUUUAGCGAACCGAAUCCGAACGAUCCGUUGAACCACGAAGCGGCGAAAAUGUUGAGAGACGAUCGAUUUGAAUUCGAACGUGUUGUGGCGCGCUCUCUUCGCGGCUUCACCUUUCAGGGGGCACAGUUUCCAAGAUUGGUGUGAUAGGUGACCGCGUCGACCUCUAUGCGCUGACUCCAAAUACCAUCACAGUGAAACCAGGAUGUUUUCAAACAAUCAUGCGUAACAAGAAUACAACCCUUUGAUCCUGGUGCUCCAGUCUGAUUUUCCAGAAUUUCUGUGGAGAAAGUCAAAAAUAAUAUGGAGGUAGAGGUGCUGGCUGUUCGAUUUUAUAAUAUUUAUGAUGUUAUUCCUCUUCUUCUCUCUGCUAUGUUCUUUUGUGAUCUUGUGUGUUCCUAUGUAUAGGAGCAGAAUGAAUGAAAUAAUUUCAAUCCUUCCUUUUUCAGGUGAAGAUCUGCAAGUAAGAAAGCUCAUAUAUUAGAGGCAACAAAAAUCCCUCAUGCAUGUUCAUGUUGUCCCUGGAAGGACCAAAUAGCAAAAUGGAGCCCGUAACAAGACG